UCCCUUUUCCAUUUAUCAUAUGAUCACAUCUUCCUCUCAAAGGAACUACACAGUAAACACUAAACAGUAGCAGUGAGUUGAAAAUCCAGAGACUGUGGCCGGCGGUUAUAUCGAGCACAUACACACUGACCCACCCACUCCUACUUCACGACUACCAACACAGUUAUUCACUAUUUUCUCCAACUUGUCAAAUCCUACUGAAACUACUAAACUUCUCUUUCUUUCUUCUUCAUUAUUCCCUUAUUCUCACCAAAAAAAAAACUCCCUAAAUGAACCAGCAAAUCCUUUCACAACGGUCAACGAAAAUGGUGAAAACAAAGAUGAAAGACAAAACAGGCCACAAAAGUAGCCCAAAUAUUGUAGCAGAAAUAGCAGCAAGAUAUCAUAUAGAAGAAUUGAGGAAGAAAAAGUUCUCAAUUGGGUCAAAAGAGGUUAACCCACUUACGCAGGAUUUACACCAUGCUGUUACAUGCCUCUCUGCUGAACUUUACACUAAACAUGUUCAUUUUCUCAUGGAACUCAUUCAGAAUGCAGAGGAUAACCAAUAUGAAGAUGGUGUUGAACCCACCCUUGAGUUUGUACUAACAAACCAAGACAUAACUGGAUGUGGAGCUACAGAGACUCUUUUAGUUUUGAAUAAUGAGGUGGGCUUUUCAAGGCAAAAUAUGGAGUCCAUUUGUAGUGUGGGGAGGUCCACUAAGAAAGGCAAGAGAAACAAGGGCUUCAUUGGUGAAAAAGGAAUCGGGUUUAAAAGUGUCUUUUUAGUAAGUAAACUACCACAUGUUGUUAGCAAUGGUUACAAGGUGAGAUUCAGUGAAGAACCAAACAAGGACUGUGGUAUUGGAUAUAUAGUCCCUGAGUGGAUAUCUGAUGAAUCCUUUGUCUCUAGAAUAAAAAUAGCAUAUGAAUCAGAUGUCUUACCUACAACGACAAUUGUCCUCCCACUAAAGACUGAUAAGGUGAAUCCUGUGAAAGAGGAAUUGUCAUCACUUCACCCUGAACUACUUUUGUUUCUGUCCAAAUUAAGACGGUUGUAUGUGCAUGAGAAUGGACGUGAUUUAAAGAAAAUAGAUAGUGUGACUGCUAUAUCCAUAGUGAGCGAAACCAAUCAUGUUGCUUCAAGAGAGAAAGCUGCAGAUUCAAGAGUCAUUCAUCUCUCAGUUAAGGAGAAGCCAGAUGCUCCAGAAGAGAAGUGUCAGUAUUACUUGUGGAGACAAGCAUUCCCAGUGACACCUGAAGCUAAAGUCAGUGGAAGAGCCAAUGUAGAAGAAUGGAGUUUGUCACUUGCCUUCCCGUUUGGCAAGAGGCUAAAAAGGGGGACCUCUGCAGUUGGUGUAUUUGCGUUCCUCCCCACUUCUAUGGCCACAAACUUUCCAUUUGUUAUUCAGGCGGAUUUCAUCCUGGCUUCUUCACGAGAAUCUAUUGUAUUUGAUAGUAUAUGGAACAAGGGAAUUCUUGAAUGUGUACCUUUGGCAUUUGUAAAUGCUUUUAAAUCUUGUGUCAAAGGACCACCAUUAUUUACUUCCUGCGCACAAGCAUUUGAGUUUUUGCCGUGUCAUGCUUCGCCAUUUCCUGAACUCAACAAAGUCAGAGAAACAAUUCGAGAGAAGUUGAGUAAUGCUUCGAUUGUACCUCGUGAAACGUUUAGUGAUGAGAUGGCUUUCUGCAGGCCUUCGGAUGCUGUGAGAAUCCAGCCAAAUUUCCGAGAGAUUUUAACCAAGAUGAAGGAAGGAGGUGUUUCUUUGGCUGGCAUUUCUCUCAUGAAAUCAUCUCUCGUGCAUUCUUCUCUUGAUAAAGAUGAGUACUAUGCAAGUCUGGAUUAUCUUGGUGUUCAACAGAGACAAGAUUGGUAUAAAGAAUGCUUUGCUGCUUGUAAUCUUAUCGCAAAAUCUUCUAAUGAUAUGUAUGUUGAUCUCUUGUACUUUGUUAGUGGCAAUAUGAGUUACUUCUCUGAUACCAACAUUCCUUUGAUCAAGUUCACCAAUGGAAUGGGUAAGGUAAGGUUGUGCAGUGUUGCUAAUAUCAAAGGGGGCCUUAAAAUUCGAUAUGGUUUACAACCUGAACUUCAUGCUUGGCUUCAGAAAUGUAAUAUGGAAUUUGGUUGCCCCAAUAGGUUGUUUUUCUUACCCAAUUCCAUACAGAAUGCUCUUACUGUGCUCCCAAAGGGUAAAACAAUUUGGAAUUGGCUUUACUCGUAUGCAGGCAUAAGAUCUUGUUCCGUUGUUGAUUAUACCUAUGAGCUUUGUCUUUAUGAACCACAUAAAAUGCAAGAUAAGUAUGCUGUGGUUGCUUUAUCUCAGUUUCUCUAUCACUCAAAACUCAAGAACUUUUUAUCAGAAUCAAAUGUUUGUUCACUCUUGCAAACCAUGCCUAUCAUUGAUGGAUCUGGAAGAGUUAGAGUGCAGAGGAACGUGACCCUUGUACCUGCAUCAAGAAGUAAGUGGUCUAAGUUAUUUGGGCCUCGUAAUCCAUUCUUACAAGAGAAUUAUGUUGAUAUAGGGGAAGCUUAUGCUGCAAGUGGUCAAUUUGCUGGAGAACAUACUCCUGAAAACAUGCUUCUUAGUUUUCUGGUGGCCCAUGCUGGAGCCAAGGACCUGCCUGAAAUACGACUUCCAAACUUGCCUCUUCAGAUAGCAUCCUCUGAAAUGACUGAGGAACAGGUCUUCUUACUGUUGGAUUGGAUCAGGUUUAACAAAACUAGGGGUGGGGACUUGCCAGAAAGAUUUAUUGAGAGCAUACGUUCUGGCCCAUGGAUGAAGACAAAAAGUGGAGUGGAUUGUCCCAGAAAUUGCACUAUUCCUAAUGAAACCGGAAAAGCAGUACUAGAUAUGAUGAAAGAUGUUCUCACUGGUUUUUCUAUUGUGGACGAGGAUUUCUAUGGCGAUCAGAUUAGUUUAUACACAGAUGAGCUCAAGUUUCUUGGUGUUCAAUGUGGGAUAAAUGGUGUCCAGAAUGUUGUGAUGGACCGUUUCAAGCUUUUGGCUGUUUCUGCAAUGAAGAGAGACACGGCAUAUUCUCUUCUUUUGUUCAUUGGCUUCUUGAACAAAAGGGAAAUGCUAGAUAAGGAAUGGGUACUGUAUAUGAGCCAAGGAAGAUGGCUAAAGACUUACAGAUGCUAUGCUGCUCCUAGUGAAUCAGUAUAUUUCCUGUCAGAUUUGGAAGCUGAAGCUGCAUCAUUGAUGACAACUCUACAUGUUCUUGAUCGAAAUUUUUAUGGAGGAAAACUUUCUUCAUUUCUCGAUGAAUUGAAGAUAUUAGGUCUCAUAUCUGAGUCAGAGGUGUUUACACUGGCUGUGGAAAAUUUUUCAUUUCCAGAGGACUUGUCAUUCUUGGCUCCUCAUUGUGGUUUAUUCAUACUUAAAUGCUUGAGAUACGUGGAAUUCCCAGCUGCACCUUUUGCUGAGAAGGUACGAGGUGUUCCUUGGCUGAAAACAUGCAUUGGCUUCAAAUGCCCUUCAGCAGCUAUUCUUUAUGAACCAGAGUGCGCACCUCUGCUAGAAAUUGUAAAGGUUCCGAUAAUUGAUGCGGCCUUUUAUGGGAAUGAAAUCCAGUUAUAUGUGGACGAACUCAUAAAAUUAGGAGUUGCUGUUGAAUUUACUGAUAUAUUAGUGAUAUUAGCCAAUGAAAUGAAGAUGAAAUUUUCAUCUCCGGAAGCUUCUGGCCAAUUGAUAGCGCUUCUGCAGUGUGUUGCAGAAAUGAAGAAAUCUGAUACUUCUGUAUUGCAUGAAAUGUGUAAGUUCUUGAGUGAGGAGGAAAUCAUAAAGACCCGUCAUGGUUACAAGAAGCCUAAAGAGUGUAUACUUUUCAAUUCAAAGUGGGCAUCAAUUUCGCUCUUUGUGGAUCUUCCUCUUAUUGAUGAUUCUCACUAUGGAAUCAAAAUAUAUAGUCUCAAAGAUGAAAUGAAGAUGUUAGGUGUGUUGAGCAGCUUGGAAGAAGGUGCUACAUUUGUUGCCAGAGGGCUGAGCCAACCAAUUGAACCAGGGCUUCUCACAGCUGAAGGCACGCUUUCAUUGCUAGAAACUCUUAAUAUUUUGAUGGCUGAUGGUAGUGAAGACCCUUGUCUCGAUGCUUUCAUUCAGAACAUCAUGAGAAGUGAGUUCCUUAUGACAAGCCGUGGAUAUAGAUUGCCAAAGGACUCUAUCCUCUUUCAACCCACUUGGAAUGAGAUACUUGAUCCGACCGAUGCUCCUUUCAUUGAUGAUAAGCAUUAUGACACUCAUAUGUCUGUUUUUAUUCAUCAACUGAGAAAAAUUGGUGUUAAGGUUGAUCCUGAGGAGAUCUGCUUGGCACUUUCACUCUCGCUUCCAUUAUUAUCUGAAACUCUUCCAAUCAAACAUAUAUAUGGCUUUCUGAAAGAAUAUCAAUGGAGACCUGACUCUUCAGGAACUGCUGAUUUUCAGAUCUGGAUACCUGCAAAAGAGGCAUUUAGCGAGGGAAAAUGGGUGGAUUCCAAGCUUUGUGUGCUUCAUGACAAGGCCGAUCAUUUUGCGCCUAUUUUAUAUUCUCUGGAAACAUACUAUGAAAAAGAGUUGCUCCCAUUCUUCCAUACUGCAUUUGGAGUCAUAGAAUGUCCUUCGACAAAUCACUUCUUGCAAAUUUGGAACCUCUGGGAGUCUAGGGAGACCCAUGAAAUCUUGGAACAUGAAUGCUGCUUCUUUUGGGAUUACAUUCUCAAGAACUGGAAUCCAGAAAUGGAGGAUACCGUUAAGGAAAAGGUAGUCAAAGUACCUGCCAGGUUAUUAGAUGGCAACAUUCUUCUAGUGAGCAAAGAAGACGUGGUUGUUCCAGAUGACCUGUGGCUGAAAAAAAUGUUUCUGAGCUCUGAAGAUUCUCCUUUAUUUGUGUGGCUACCUAAGAGCAAUGUUGUCUCUGCUGUUCCCCCAUCAAGAUUAUGUGCAGUUUACUAUGCUCUUGGCGUGAGAAGAUUAUCUGAUAGUGUAAAAUGCAGUGUGAAUAUCAUGCCAUCUUUAGAUGAACCCAGUAGAGUUGAUAUGAAGAAUAAGCUCAUUGUGAAAGGUUUAAUUGAAAUAAUAUUAGGGUUCCUCGCCUGUAAGAUUCACAUGGCUGCUAGGGAGAGGCAUGAAGCCGUAAAUUUGUUGCUAAGCCUUUCUGUUUUUGAGAGUAAUGAGAACAUACAAGUCUUGUACCAAUUACUCUUGGGUGCUGAGAGGUGUCUUGAGAAAGAAUUAGUGAAAUUGGUUCAUUGGGACAAAAAGUCCCAGCAGUUGUUUAUCGAUGUGUCAGUUGCUGAAAAUCAGAAGGCCAGCCCUGAGUUUGUGAAUUUCUUUGCUACAGAAAUUUCAGAAGGAUUACUGCUACAAGAGAAAGCAUCUGUUGUUAAUGACCUCCGCAAUCUAAUCCAGAUGGGUUUUCUGUUCGAAUUUGAGGAGCAUUCAAUCCAGUUUUUGCUUACCAGAGAAAAUAUUGAGGUUUCAAUUGAAGAUGAGGAGUUUCUCGCUCGUGCCUUCUUAAUUAGUGACGGUUCAUGUGCCCCAGGUCCUCGAAUACAGGAUUCUGCUCAGCUGGAAGAAUCGGUUCCUAUCACGCCUAUUUUAUCCCAGCGUGUAAAGAGAAGAAGAUUGAAUGAGACAGCAAGAAGUCGUGGGAAAUCAAAGUCUGAUUCCAAACAUGAUGCCAGGUUGUCAUCUAAGAUGCAAGUGGAAGCAAAGAAUCUCAUCAAGCCAAAGAAGCCUCCUUCAAUCUUUUUUGCCUUCCUGGAAAAGUUCAGAACGCAGAACAAACUGAAGCACUAUGAUACUAAAUCAGUUCCUGAUGUAUCCAGAGCUGCUGAGAAGUGGAGAGCUAUGUCCGAUCUUGAAAAGGCCCCUUAUGCGGAACUGGUUGAGCAAAAGAAGGCAGAAUAUAAAAGAGAGUUGGAAGCAUACAACAAGAGAUUGGCAGAUGAACGUCAUGGGACAUGCGUGAAGGAGGAGUCACUAUCUGAUGGUAGAAAGGAGGAAGCUGUCGGAACAAGGUAG